GGACAACCCAUCGCUGAUCCCCACAGACAUCGGCUUUCAGAACAAAUCGAUGGUUGGAUACAAACAAAUCAAAGCCAAACUCGGACUCAAGAGAGUGCGGCCAUGGAUUUGGACCCGAUUUAGUCCGAAGGAGAAGAUAGAGUUAUAUCACUGGCGGCGAGAAGUGGACAAAAACAAAGAGUAUCCGUUCGCUCGUCUCAAUACCGUGAUCGAAAUCCCUGUCUAUAACGACACGGAAUACCAGCAGUUGUUGUCGAGCGAUGUGUGGAGUAAAGCGGAAACCGACCAUCUUUUCGAUCUGUGCCGUCGUUUCGACCAGAGAUUCGUUAUAAUCCACGACCGCUGGGAUAGGAAUACAUUCGCCAUCCGUUCCGUCGAAGACCUCAAAGACCGCUUCUACAGUGUGUGCAACGCGUUGGCCAAAGUGCGGGCCCUCCCG